AUAUAAUCGCACAAAUCAGUAAAUUAUAUUAUUUUGUUCAAUAAAUAAUAUUGUGGUCAUAAAAAUGCCAAGAAAGCCAACAGAAUCGCAUUCUUGCCUAAUAGUAACACGUAAUUUGAAAGAAAGAUGAUUCCAUGAGUUAAUGUUUGGAUUAAUUCACUAAAUUCCUACCUUCUAGCCUUAAAACCACAUCAAACAAGAUGUUUGAUUCACCUUUGUAUAUUAUCUUCUGGUUAAUUUUAGUUUUACCCAGUUUGUGCGGAGUCAUCUCACCGAAUAAACUUAGUUUCGUAUCGCAUUUAUCCAAUAAUUGGUAUAAUAAACAGUAUUCCAGUUAUCAGAAAAGAUAUUUGAAGAAUCCUGAGUACAUUGUAGCUGGCACUCACGAAGAAUGGAGGAAGGAUAUGGCUGAUACCGUUGGAGUUUGGUCAAUUUUUUAUCCUUAUGAUCUAUACAAGGCAGAAGCUUUCUUGCCUGGAGCAGAUAUUAGACCUAAUUUGUUAUUUCUAGAUAUCGCAGGACGAGUUCGUGGUCCAGGAGACUAUGGUAGUCCAGAAGGAUGUUACAUUUUGGAUUCUAAGGAAUACCAUCACCUUGAGGAUUCCAACAACCUUGUGCACUCUAGAAGAUGUGUAAUGGUUAUGUAUGGCAGAGUAAGAUAUUCAAACCUUAGGUUGGUACUGGCAGGCCGGAUGUUCUACGCUGGAGGCCUAGCUUUAGAGGGUCUUGAUCCACUCCUUAAUGCUACAUCUGCAAUUUUUCUAGGACACACAUUCUUAGAAUCAUACAAAAAUGAAGUUUAUGCUGAGAAAAUGAAGACAUUGAAAAGGAAAGUCUCAUUUAUUGAUAAGCAGGGUAAUGAAAUUAAUCCUGUAAACUGGGAAUACCAAAAAUUAGAUGGACUGGGAUCAUCUUUCAGAUGGAUGCAUGGUAACAGUAAAUGGAAACUAGUUGGGCCAUUCACAUGCUACAAAAGCUUCGGUGUAAAUUAUAAUACUGGAAGCGAUAAUUCCUUCUUUCCUGAGUAUGCUGAUGAUGCCAUUUAUAACGUUUUCGACCCUCUGGAACACUUUUGCCGGAAAUUCACAAGCAGGGAGUACCUUGAAGAUGAAGUUAGAACAAUUAUAAGAUCAGUUCUAAAAGGUAGCGAUAAGAUGACCAAAAUAAAGGUUGAGGAUGAAAACUACCUAAAUAAUCUGGAAGAAGAGUUGGUUGCUCUUGGGGACCAAGGCCCUGAUUAUUAUAGAGGAACCUUUGAAUAAAUCAGGAAAGAUAAUUUGUAAUUGUGGGAGAAUAUUUAUAUAUUAUUCUGUUUUAAUCUCAAAUUCCUCAUCACUGCUUUGUUCUUCAACCCAAUCCUGAUAAUAAUUUGAUGUUUACUAAA